AUGUCCGGCUGGUCGGCGCCUCAGACUGGGUCGGCUCCGGGCACUGACGACUUCGCUACAGAUGUCAAUUAUGCCUGGAAUCCUGACUUCGACGCACUGGAACAUUUCAACGAGUUUGGUAACGAAGCCAACCUUCUCAAUGGGGUUGGGCUUGGUUUCAAUAACGAAUCUGAUUUCGGGAACUUCUACGCCUACAACUUCGGACCCACUCCGGAUCAACAGCCCGUGUGGGGCGCCGUUGUACCGGCCGGGCUCACCGUCACUCUGGGCGACAACGCCGGGCUCAUGACAAACCCAGACAGCCCCGGAACUGCCACUACGGCGCUCCCCGCCACCACCACGAGUGCAGUGUACCGUAUGCACCAAAACUUUCCGCGAUAA